AUGUCGUCGGAGGAGGACAAGAGCGCGGAGCAGCCGCAGCCGCCGCCACCCCCCCCCGAGGAGCCUGGAGCCCCGGCCCCGAGCCCCGCAGCCGCAGACAAAAGACCUCGGGGCCGGCCUCGCAAAGAUGGCGCUUCCCCUUUCCAGAGAGCCAGAAAGAAGCCUCGAAGUAGAGGAAAAAGUACAGUGGAAGAUGAGGACAGCAUGGAUGGGCUGGAGACAACAGAAACAGAAAAUACUGUGGAAACAGAAAUCAAAGAACAGUCAGCAGAAGAGGAUGCUGAAGCAGAAGUGGACAGCAGCAAGCAGCCAGUCCCAGCCUUUCAGCGUUCUGUAUCUGAGGAAUCUGCAACCUCCCUGGUCUCUGUUGGUAUAGAAGCCAAAAUCAGUGAACAGCUCUGCGCUUUUUGUUACUGUGGUGAAAAAAGCUCCUUAGGACAAGGAGACUUAAAACAAUUUAGAGUAACGCCUGGAUUUAUUUUGCCAUGGAAAAACCAGCCUUCUAACAAGAAGGACGUUGAUGACAACAGCAGUGGAACUUGUGAGAAAAUACAAAACUCAACACCACGAAAACAAAGAGGACAGAGAAAGGAACGGUCUCCUCAGCAGAAUAUAGUACCUUGUGUAAGUGUAAGCACGCAGACUGCUUCAGAUGAUCAGGCUGGUAAAUUAUGGGAUGAACUCAGUCUGGUUGGCCUUCCGGAUGCCAUUGAUGUCCAAGCCUUAUUUGACCCUACAGGCACUUGCUGGGCUCAUCACCGUUGUGUGGAAUGGUCACUGAGGGUGUGCCAGAUGGAAGAACCGUUGUCAGUGAACGUGGACAGAGCUGUUGUCUCAGGGAGCACAGAACGAUGUGCAUUUUGUAAGCACCUUGGAGCCACUAUCAAAUGCUGUGAAGAGAAAUGUGCCCAGAUGUACCAUUAUCCUUGUGCUGCUGGAGCCGGCACCUUUCAGGAUUUCAGUCACUUCUUCCUUCUUUGUCCAGAGCAUAUUGACCAAGCUCCUGAAAGAUCAAAGGAAGAUGCAAACUGUGCAGUGUGCGACAGCCCGGGAGACCUCUUAGAUCAGUUCUUUUGUACUACUUGUGGUCAGCACUAUCAUGGAAUGUGCCUGGAUAUAGCGGUUACUCCAUUAAAACGUGCAGGUUGGCAAUGUCCUGAGUGCAAAGUGUGCCAGAACUGCAAACAAUCGGGAGAAGAUAGCAAGAUGCUAGUGUGUGAUACGUGUGACAAAGGGUAUCAUACUUUUUGUCUUCAACCAGUUAUGAAAUCAGUACCAACCAAUGGCUGGAAAUGCAAAAAUUGCAGAAUAUGUGUCGAGUGUGGCACACGAUCUAGUUCUCAGUGGCACCACAAUUGCCUGGUAUGUGACAGUUGUUACCAACAGCAGGAUAACUUAUGUCCUUUCUGUGGGAAGUGCUACCAUCCAGAAUUGCAGAAAGACAUGCUUCAUUGUAAUAUGUGCAAAAGAUGGGUUCACUUAGAAUGUGACAAACCGACAGAUCAUGAACUGGAUUCUCAGCUCAAAGAAGAGUACAUCUGUAUGUAUUGCAAACACUUAGCUGAGAUGGAUCCAUUACAGCCAGGUGAUGAAGUGGAGAUGGCUGAACUCACUACAGAUUGUAACAAUGAAAUGGAAGUUGAAGGCCCUGAGGACCACAUGGUACUUCUGGAGCACGCGGCUAAUACAGACGUCGGUGGCCAGCAGCCCGCGCCUGGGACUGUUCCAGAUGCAGCUCACAUCCAUACUGGAGAGCAGCAGAGGAGUGAUCCGCCGGAAAGUCAUGACAUGCGUGGACUUCUCAUUGCUGAAUCAUCCCAAGAUAAAAUGAAUCCUGAAUUGGAAAAUCAGAUUUCUCGUGAAGUUGAUAGUGAAGAAAUGGAAAUGCCUCCUAAAGUGAUGCACACUUGCGGUGCCGAUCAAAAUGAGAACAAAAUGGAGGUGACAGACAGCGCUGAAGCCCUUGACCCCCAGGUUGCUGUGCAGCAGGGGGAAGUGCACGUGUUGGAGGGACCUAACAUGGCGGCGUCCCCAGAAGAAUCCCGGCCUCCAGGAGUCAACAUUGAAUCUGUCACCGUCCCGUCCCCGGGUGGGGAAGGUACGGCUUUAUGUUCUAAGGAACAGUUGGCCAUAGAAAGGGUACCAGAAGAAAUGGAACAGAAAGAAAAUCCUGAACCUUCUACUGCAUUUAUGGACUUCGAAGUGGCUCCUGCAGUUGAGAGUUGUGUGAAAGAUGGUGUAUGCCAAGAAAGCAAAUCUGUAAAAUUACCAUCUGAGACAGAGUCAUCAUUUUCAUCAGCAGCGGGCAUGAGCAAGGCAAAUGCGUCUUCCUCUCCAGCACUUUCUUCCGACUUGCCUUCCCACGACAUGCUGCAUGGUUACCCGUCGACUCCCAGUGCUUCUGCUGGAAACGUCAUGCCAACAACUUACAUCUCAGUCACCCCCAAAAUUGGCAUGGGUAAACCAGCUAUUACCAAAAGGAAAUUUUCUCCUGGUAGACCUCGGUCCAGACAGGGGGCUUGGAGUACCCAUAAUACAGUGAGCCCACCUUCCUGGUCCCCAGACAUUUCAGAAGGCCGGGAAAUUUUUAAACCCAGGCAGCUUCCUGGCAGUGCCAUUUGGAGCAUCAAAGUGGGCCGGGGGUCAGGAUUUCCAGGAAAGCGGAGACCUCGUGGUGCAGGACUGUCAGGACGAGGCGGCAGAGGCAGAUCAAAAUUGAAAAGUGGAAUCGGGGCAGUUGUGUUGCCCGGGGUGUCUGCUGCAGAUAUUUCAUCAAAUAAGGAUGAAGAAGAAAACUCUAUGCACAAUACAGUUGUGUUGUUUUCUAGCAGUGACAAGUUCACUUUGCAUCAGGAUAUGUGUGUAGUUUGUGGCAGUUUUGGCCAAGGAGCAGAGGGAAGAUUACUUGCCUGUUCUCAGUGUGGUCAGUGUUACCAUCCAUACUGUGUCAGUAUUAAGAUCACGAAAGUGGUUCUGAGCAAGGGUUGGAGGUGUCUGGAAUGCACUGUGUGUGAGGCCUGUGGGAAGGCGACAGACCCAGGAAGACUCCUACUGUGCGACGAUUGUGACAUAAGUUAUCACACCUACUGCUUGGACCCGCCACUGCAGACAGUUCCCAAAGGAGGCUGGAAGUGCAAAUGGUGUGUGUGGUGCAGACACUGUGGAGCGACAUCUGCAGGUCUGAGAUGUGAAUGGCAGAACAACUACACACAGUGUGCUCCGUGUGCAAGCCUGUCCUCCUGCCCCGUCUGCUGCCGAAACUAUAGAGAAGAAGACCUUAUUCUGCAGUGUAGACAAUGUGAUAGAUGGAUGCAUGCAGUUUGUCAAAACUUAAAUACUGAAGAGGAAGUGGAAAAUGUAGCAGACAUUGGUUUUGAUUGUAGCAUGUGCAGACCCUAUAUGCCUACAUCAAAUGUGCCUUCCUCAGACUGCUGUGAAUCUUCACUUGUAGCACAAAUUGUCACAAAAGUGAAAGAGCUAGAUGCACCCAGGACCUACACCCAGGAUGGUGUAUGUUUGACUGAAUCAGGGAUGACUCAGUUACAGAGCCUUGCAGCUACUGUUCCAAGAAGGAAGCGGUCAAAGCCAAAGUUGAAGUUGAAGAUCAUAAACCAGAACAGCGUGGCCGUGCUUCCGACGCCUCCAGACGUCCAGUCAGAGCACUCACGGGACGGCGACAUGGACGACGGUCGCGAAGGAGAACUUAUGGAUUGUGAUGGAAAAUCAGAAUCUAGUCCUGAACGGGAAGCUGUGGAUGAUGAAACUAAGGGAGUGGAAGGAACAGAGGGUGUCAAAAAGAGAAAAAGGAAACCAUACAGACCAGGUAUUGGUGGAUUUAUGGUACGACAAAGAAGUCGAACUGGGCAAGGAAAAACCAAAAGAUCUGUGAUCAGAAAAGAUUCCUCAGGCUCCAUUUCUGAGCAGUUACCUAGCAGAGAUGAUGGCUGGAGUGAGCAGUUACCAGAUACUCUAGUUGAUGAAUCUGUUUCUGUUACUGAAAACACUGAAAAAAUAAAGAAGAGAUACCGAAAAAGGAAAAAUAAGCUUGAAGAAAUUUUCCCUGCCUAUUUACAAGAAGCUUUCUUUGGAAAAGAUCUUCUAGAUACAACUAGACAAAACAGACUAAGUUUAGAUAAUCUAUCAGAAGAUACAGCUCAGCUUUCUUACAAAACAAACAUGAGCACAAAUUUCUUGGAUCCUUCCUUAGAUCCACUACUUAGUUCAUCCUCAACUCCAGCAAAACCUGGAACUCACGGCACUGCUGAUGAUCCCUUAGCCGAUAUUUCCGAAGUCUUAAACACAGAUGAUGACAUUCUUGGAAUAAUUUCAGACGACCUUGCAAAAUCAGUUGAUCAUUCAGACCUUGGUGCCGGCGUUGAUGAUCCUUCCUCUUUGCCUCAGCCAAGUGUCAAUCAGAGUUCACGACCGUUAAGUGAAGAGCAGCUCGAUGGCAUCCUCAGCCCUGAACUAGACAAAAUGGUCACAGAUGGAGCAAUUCUUGGGAAGUUAUAUAAAAUUCCAGAGCUUGGAGGAAAGGAUGUGGAGGACUUGUUUACCGCCGUGCUCAGUCCUGCAGCCACGCAGCCAGCUUCCGUACCACAGCCUCCGGCACCUCCGCUGCUGCCCGCGCACGCUCAGGAUGUCUUUUCACGGAUGCCACUCGUGAACGGCCUUAUCGGACCCAGUCCUCAUCUCGCACAUAAUUCUUUGCCUCCUGGAAGUGGACUGGGAACCUUCCCUGCUGUAGCGCAGCCCCCCUACACUGAUGCCAGGGAUAAAAAUCCAGCAUUUAAUCCAAUGGCAAGUGACCCUAAUGGCUCUUGGACAUCAUCAGCUCCCACUAUGGAAGGAGAAAAUGAUACAAUGUCAAAUGCCCAGAGAAGUACACUCAAGUGGGAGAAAGAGGAGGCCCUGGGUGAAAUGGCAACAGUAGCACCAGUUCUCUACACAAAUAUUAAUUUCCCCAACCUAAAGGAAGAAUUCCCAGACUGGACUACUAGAGUGAAGCAAAUUGCCAAGCUGUGGAGAAAAGCAAGCUCGCAGGAAAGAGCACCAUACGUGCAAAAAGCCAGAGAUAACAGAGCUGCUUUACGCAUUAAUAAAGUACAGAUGUCAAAUGAUUCCAUGAAAAGGCAGCAACAGCAAGAUAGCAUCGAUCCCAGCUCUCGUAUUGAUUCAGAUCUUUUUAAAGAUCCACUAAAGCAAAGAGAAUCGGAACAUGAACAGGAAUGGAAAUUCAGACAGCAAAUGCGUCAGAAAAGUAAGCAGCAGGCUAAGAUUGAAGCCACCCAGAAGCUGGAGCAGGUGAAGAACGAGCAGCAGCAGCAGCAGCAGCAACAACAACAACAACAGCAGCAGCAGCAGCAGCAGCAGCUGGGCCCUCAGUCUCUUCUGGGGCAGUCUGGCUCGGACACGCCAAGUGGCGGUAUCCAGAGCCCCCUGACCCCACAGCCUGGCAGCGGAAGUACGUCUCCUGCACAGCCCUUCCAUAAAGACCUGUUUGCAAAGCAGCUGCCCGGCACCCCCACUUCCGCGCCAUCAGAUGACGUGUUUGUAAAACCACAAGCUCCACCCCCUCCUCCGGCGCCGUCUCGGAUCUCCAUCCCGGAGAGUCUGUCGCAGGCUCAGGCUUCUCAGCCGCCUUCCCCACAGAUGUUUUCCCCUGGAUCUUCUAACUCCCGGCCGCCAUCUCCAGCAGAUCCUUAUGCGAAAAUGGUUGGUACCCCAAGACCACCUCCUGGGGGCCAUGGUUUUUCCAGAAGAAAUUCUGCACUGGUGGAAAACUGUGCACCUUUACCGUCCGUAUCUAGGCCCACUCAGAUGAGCGAGACAGCAGCAAGUAGGCCAUCCCCAGUCAGAGAUUUAUGUUCUUCCUCCACAGCAAGUAGUGACCCCUAUGCAAAGCCUCCAGACACACCUAGGCCUGUGAUGACAGAUCCAUUUCCCAAACCCUUAGGCCUACCCCGGUCUCCUGUAGUUCCGGAACAAACUGCAAAAGGUCCUCUAGCGUCUGGAACCAACGACCACUUUACUAAACCAUCUCCUAGGGCAGAUGGGUUUCAAAGACAACGGAUACCUGAUCCAUAUGCUCGACCCUUGUUGCCACCUGCACCUCUUGAUAGUGGUCCCAGACCUUUUAAAGCUCCAAUGCAGCCGCCCCCAUCCUCCCAGGACCCUUAUGGAUCAGUGUCACAGGCACCAAGGCGAUUGUCUGUCGACCCUUAUGAAAGGCCUGCUUUGACACCACGACCUGUAGAUAAUUUUUCUCAUACCCAGUCAAGUGAUCCAUAUAGCCAGCCUCCCGUCACCCCACAUCCGGCAAUGAAUGAAUCUUUUGCUCAUCCUUCAAGGGCGUUUUCCCAGCCUGGAACCAUAUCAAGGCCAACAUCUCAGGACCCAUAUUCCCAACCUCCAGGAACUCCACGUCCUAUUGUCGAUUCCUAUUCCCAGCCGCCAGGAACAUCUCGCUCCAAUCCAGACCCCUAUUCUCAACCUCCUGGAACUCCCCGGCCCACCACCAUCGGUCCAUAUAGUCAGCAGCCACCAGCCCCAAGGCCGUCUGCACAAGCAGACUUAUUUGUUACAUCUGCAGCUAAUCAGAGACGUUCUGACCCACGUGCUCACCCUCCUGGAACACCAAGACCUGGAAUUUCUGUUCCUUACUCUCAACCACCAGCAAUACCGAGGCCAAGGAUUUCAGAGGGUUUUACUAGGUCCUCAAUGACAAGACCAGUCCUCAUGCCAAAUCAGGAUCCUUUCCUGCAGGCAGCACAAAAUCGAGGAGCAGCCUUACCUGGCCCUUUGGUAAGGCCACCUGAUGCGUGUUCCCAAACACCCAGGCCACCUGGACCUGGUCUUUCAGACACUUUUAGCCGUGUCUCCCCAUCUGCCCCUCGUGACCCCUAUGAUCAGACUCCCAUGACUCCGAGAUCUCAGUCUGACUCUUUCGGAACAAGUCAGGUUGCUCAUGAUGUCGCUGAUCAGCCACGGCCUAAAUCAGAGGGGAGCUUCAGUGCACCUUCCAAGUCACCCAUGAAUUCUCAAGGCCAGCAGUUCUCUGGUGUGUCCCAGCUUCCCGGACCUGUACCGACCUCAGGAGUCACCGAUACACAGAGCACUGUAAACAUGUCUCAAGCAGAUACAGAGAAAUUGAGACAGCGACAGAAGUUACGUGAAAUCAUCCUCCAGCAGCAACAGCAGAAGAAGCUGGCAGGUCGACAGGAGAAAGGGUCACAGGCCCCAGGAGCAGUGCCUCAUCCGGGGCCCCUGCAGCACUGGCAGCCGGAGAGUGCCAGCCAGGCUUUUACUAGGCCUCCCCCGCCCUAUCCUGGGAGCAUCGGGUCCUCCAUUGGCCCUCCUCUAGGACCUAGAUAUGCUGCUUUCCCAAAAGACCCGCGUGGACCCUGUACUCCUGAUGUUACUGGUAUGGGGAUGAGACCUCAUGGAUUUAGAUUUGGAUUUCCAGGAGGUAGUCACAGUACCCUGUCAAGUCAGGAACGCUUCCUUGUACCUCCUCAACAAAUACAAGGAUCUGGAGUUCCUCCACAGCUGAGAAGAUCUAUGUCUGUAGAUAUGCCCAGGCCUUUAAAUAACUCACAAACGAAUAAUCCAGGUGGACUUCCUCCACAUUUUUCGCCACAGAGCCUGUCAGUUCAGCAGCACAACAUACUGGGCCAAGCAUUUAUUGAAUUGAGGCACAGGACCCCUGAUGGAAGGCCUCGGAUGCCCUUCCCUGCUUCUCCUGGCAACGUUAUAGAGGUACCUUCUCAUCCAAGACAUGGAAACUUCAUUCCCCGGCCAGACUUUCCAGGCCCUAGGCACACAGACCCUAUGAGGCGACCUUCCCAAGGUCUCCCUCAUCAGCUGCCUGUGCAUCCAAAUUUGGAACAAGUGCCACCAUCUCAGCAAGAGCAAAGCCAUCCUGUCCAUUCAUCUUCUAUGGUCAUGAGGUCUCUGAGCCACCCCUUAGGUGGUGAGUUUUCAGAGGCCCCUUUGUCAACAUCUACACCAGCUGAAACAACAUCUGAUAAUUUGCAGAUAACCACCCAGUCUUCUGGUGGUCUCGAAGAAAAGCUUGAAUCUGAUGACCCAUCUGUCAAAGAACUAGAUGUUAAAGACCUCGAGGGGGUUGAAGUCAAAGACUUAGAUGAUGAAGAUCUUGAAAAUUUAAAUCUGGAUACAGAGGAUGGCAAGGGAGAUGAAUUGGAUACUUUAGGUAACUUGGAAACUAAUGAUCCCAACCUGGAUGACCUCUUAAGGUCAGGAGAAUUUGAUAUCAUUGCAUAUACAGAUCCAGAACUUGACCUGGGAGAUAAGAAAAGCAUGUUUAACGAGGAACUGGACCUUAAUGUUCCAAUUGAUGAUAAGUUAGAUAAUCAGUGUGUAUCUGUUGAACCCCAAAAAAAGGAGCAGGAUGACAAAAGUAUGGUUCCUUCUGAUAAACAUUCUCCUUGGAAAAAAUCCACUGUCAGCAGUGAGAUUAAAACAGAAGUACUGUCUCCAGAUUCUAAAGGGGAAACCAAAUGUGAAAGUGAGAAAAGUGACGAGGGUAAAGAUACUGUUGAUGCUCCCUGCCCACAGGUGCCUGCUCAUACAGAUGCGAAUGAUGGGGAACAAGCUUCUUUGCAGUCCUGUGAUGCAGAUCCACUUGAGAAAAGAAGUAAUAGAGAAACGCCUGGCUCCAACACAAGUGUUCGUGGGUCCACUCAGCUGCCUGCUGAAGAUGUGAUAAACUCUUGCAGCAUACCUGGAUCAACUCCAGUUCUCUCAAGUUUACUUGCUAAUGAAAAAUCUGAUAAUUCAGACAUUAGGCCAUUGGGGUCUCCACCACCAACUUUGCCGGCCUCACCGUCCAGUCACGUGUCAAGUUUGCCUCCCCCUCUGAUGACACCGCCUGGUCAUGCUUUGGAUAAUACCUUGAAUUCUAAUGUGACAGUAGUCCCUAGAUUAAACCAUACUUUCCCUCAGGGUGUGCAGGUGAGUCCAGGAUUCAUUCAGGGUCAGCCAACAGUGCAUCGCAGUUUUGGAACAGGAAAGCCUGUGAAUCAGACUGUACCUCUGACAAGUCAGUCUGCUGCCAGUGGCAUGUCUGGGCCCCAGCAGCUGAUGGUCCCUCAGACAGCCGCCCCGCAGAAUAGAGAGAGGCCCCUCCUUCUGGAGGAGCAGCCUCUACUUCUGCAGGACCUUUUGGAUCAAGAGAGACAAGAACAGCAACAGCAAAGACAGAUGCAAGCCAUGAUCCGUCAGCGGUCUGAACCGUUCUUCCCUAAUAUCGAUUUUGAUGCAAUUACAGAUCCUAUAAUGAAAGCCAAAAUGGUGGCCCUUAAAGGCAUAAAUAAAGUAAUGGCACAAAACAAUAUGGGCAUGCCACCAAUGGUUAUGAACAGGUUCCCCUUUAUGGGCCAGUCGGUGACUGGAACACAGACUGGUGAUGGCCAGACUCUCCUUCCACAGGCAGUUACUCAGGAUGGCAGUAUAACACAUCAGAUUUCUAGGCCUAAUCCUCCAAAUUUUGGUCCAGGCUUUGUCAAUGACUCACAACGUAAACAGUAUGAAGAAUGGCUUCAGGAGACCCAACAGCUUCUUCAGAUGCAGCAGAAAUAUCUUGAAGAACAAAUCGGUGCACACAGGAAAUCCAAGAAGGCCCUUUCAGCUAAACAACGUACCGCCAAGAAAGCUGGGCGUGAGUUUCCAGAAGAGGAUGCAGAGCAGCUCAAGCACGUCACUGAACAGCAAAGCAUGGUUCAGAAGCAGCUAGAACAGAUUCGUAAACAACAGAAAGAGCAUGCCGAGUUGAUUGAAGAUUACCGGAUCAAGCAGCAGCAGCAGUGCGCCAUGGCCCCGCCCACCGUGAUGCCAGGUGUCCAGCCCCCGCUGCCCCUGGUGCCAGGUGCCGCCCCGCCCCCCAUGAGCCAGCCCAGCUUCCCCAUGGCGCCACUGCAGCUACAGCACCAGCAGCACACCACGGUCAUUCCCGGCCACACGAGCCCUGCGGGAACGCCCAGUUUGCCCAGUUUCCCUGGGUGGCAGCCUCCCGGUGCUCCUUCCCGCCCCCCCCUCAACCCUCCUAGGAUUCAGCCUCCAGUGGCCCAGUUACCAAUAAAAACUUGCCCCCCAGCCCCAGGGGCAGUGUCAAAUGCAAAUCCACAGAGUGGACCGCCACCACGGGUGGAAUUCGAUGACAAUAACCCCUUUAGUGAAAGUUUUCAAGAACGGGAACGUAAGGAACGUUUACGAGAACAGCAGGAGAGACAACGAAUCCAGCUCAUGCAAGAAGUAGACAGACAGAGAGCUUUGCAGCAGAGGAUGGAAAUGGAGCAGCACGGCAUGAUGGGCUCAGAACUAAGCAGCAGGACACCUGUGUCCCAGAUUCCAUUCUACACUUCUGACCUUCCUUGUGAUUUUACGCAACCUCCAAGACCCCUUCAGCAGCCUCCACCGCAGCAACAGCCAGCGGGGCCGGUUUUACAGCAGCAGAACCUACAGCAAGGGUCUAUUAAUUCACCGCCCACCCCAAAUUUCAUGCAAACCAAUGAGCGAAGGCAGAUGGGACCUCCCUCAUUUGUUCCUGACUCACCGUCAGUUCCUGGUGGAAGCCCAAAUUUCCAUUCUGUGAAGCCGGUACAUGGAGGUGUUCCUGGGGCCAGCUUCCAGCAGUCCCCGGUGAGGCCUCCUUUUACACCCACUUUACCUGCGGCACCUCCAGUGGCUAAUAGCAGUCUCCCCUGUGGCCAAGACCCGGCUGUAAGCCGUGGACAGAGUUACCCAGGAUCAGCCCCGUCUCUCAUUCAGCUGUAUUCUGAUAUAAUCCCGGAAGAGAAAGGGAAAAAGAAGAGAACAAGAAAGAAGAAGAAAGACGACGAUGCGGAAUCUACCAAGGCACCUUCUACUCCCCAUUCAGACAUAACUGCUCCACCAACCCCGGGUGUCUCGGAAGCUGCCUCUGCUCCCGCAGUGAACACACCUGGCGAGCUCCCUCAGCAAGGAGAACCCGAGGCAGCGGAACCGGGCGGCCUAUCACCUCCUGACCCGGCAGCGGGCCCACUGCACACAGAGCCAGAGAAUGAACUGCCCAGUGGUGACUUCGCACGAGGAACCCCAGGUCAACAGACCUGUGCGAGUUCAGAGGUGGAUAAGCGCCCCAUUGAUGCGCCUGCCCCCACUGGGGAGAUGAAACUGGAGUCAGCUGAGCCGGAGCAGCGCCCGGGCCCAGAUGGGCCUGAACUGGAGGAGCGCCCUGGGGAUCGGGCCAAAGAAAGGGCUGUGGCCGGCGCUUCCUGCCCGGGGCAGAGUCCUCCCCGACCUGCCGGCGCUCCUGCUGCCAAAGGAGAUUCAGGCAAUGAGCUUCUAAAGCACCUGCUGAAAAAUAAAAAGGCAUCUUCCCUUUUAAAUCAAAACCCGGAAGGGAGUUUUUGUUCAGAAGAUGACGGUACGAAGGAUAACAAACUGGUUGAGAGGCAGAAUCCAGCUGACGUGCAAACUUUGGGGGCUCAAGUGCAAGGUGGUUUUGGAUGUGGCAACAGCCAGUUGCCAAAAACAGAUGGAGGAAGUGAAACCAAGAAACAGCGAAGCAAAAGGACUCAGAGGACCGGAGAGAAGGCAGCACCUCGGUCGAAGAAAAGGAAAAAGGAAGAAGAGAAACAAGCGAUGUUCUCUGCCACCGACACCUUUACCCACCUGAAGCAGCAGAAUAAUUUAAGUAAUCCUCCAACACCCCCUGCCUCUCUUCCUCCUACACCACCUCCUAUGGCUUGUCCGAAGAUGGCAAAUGGUUUUGCAACAACUGAAGAACUUGCUGGAAAAGCUGGAGUAUUAGUGAGCCAUGAAGUUACCAAAAGCCUAGGACCUAAACCAUUUCACCUGCCGUUCAGACCACACGAUGACUUGUUGGCCAGAGCGAUUGCUCAAGGCCCAAAGACAGUGGACGUUCCUGCUUCACUCCCAACACCGCCUCAUAAUAAUCAGGAGGAAUUAAGGACACAGGACCAUGGGGGUGACCGGGACACCCCUGACAGUGUUGUGCCCUCGUCCUCUCCUGAGAGUGUGGUCGGCAUGGAAGUGAGCAGAUACCCAGACCUGUCCCUGGUCAAAGAGGAGCCUCCGGAGCCCGUGCCAUCCCCCAUCAUUCCAAUCCUCCCGAGCGGCACCGGGAAAGGGUUGGAAUCUAGAAGGAAUGACAUCAAAACUGAGCCGGGCACUUUAUUUUUCACGUCACCUUUUGGUGCAUCCCCAAAUGGUCCCCGAUCGGGUCUCAUAUCUGUGGCAAUCACUCUGCAUCCUACAGCUGCUGAGAACAUUAGCAGUGUUGUGGCUGCGUUCUCCGACCUCCUCCACGUUCGGAUCCCUAACAGCUACGAGGUUAGUAAUGCUCCAGAUGUUCCAUCCGUGGGUUUGGUCAGUAGCCACAGAGUAAACCCAGGUUUGGAGUAUCGACAGCGUUUAUUUCUUCGUGGGCCUCCACCAGGAUCUGCAAACCCUCCCAGACUAGCCAGCUCUUACCACCUGAAGCAGCCUACUGUGCCCUUCCCUCCAGCAAGCAAUGGCCUUUCUGGGUGCGCGGGCACUAGUCACGGUGUCACAGAAAGUGCGGCUCUCAGGCCACAGUGGUGCUGCCACUGUCACGUCGUCGUUCUGGGCCACGGCGUGAGGAAGCCGGCCAGAGACCCGGCCUUUGUGAGCAAGGGCUCCCGAGACAGCUCCAGCAGAGCAGAGAAGGACAUUGUCUUCUGUAGUAACAACUGCUUUAUUCUCUAUUCAUCAGCUGCACAAGCAAAAACCUCAGAAAGCAAGGAAUCCGUUCCUUCAUUGCCACACUCGCCUGUAAAAGAGACGCCUUCCAGAGCAUUUCAUCAGUACAGUAACAACAUCUCCACUUUAGACGUGCACUGUCUGCCGCAGCUCCAGGAAAAAGCUUCGCCCCCAGCGUCACCGCCCAUCACUUUCCCUGCUGCUUUUGAAGCAGCCAAAGUGGAGGCAAAGCCAGAUGAGCUUAAGGUAACGGUCAAGUUAAAGCCUCGGCUAAGAACUGUCCACGGUGGGUUUGAAGACUGUAGGCCGAUCACUAAAAAGUGGAGAGGGCUGAAGUGGAAGAAGUGGAGCGUCCACAUCGUGGUCCCCAAGGGGACCUUCACACCCCCCUGUGAAGAUGAAAUUGACGAAUUUCUGAAGAACCUGGGCACUUCCCUGAAACCCGAUCCUGUGCCCAAGGACUAUCGGAAGUGUUGCUUCUGUCACGAAGAAGGCGAUGGGUUGACAGACGGACCGGCGAGGCUGCUCAACCUCGACUUGGACCUGUGGGUCCACUUGAACUGUGCCCUGUGGUCCACGGAGGUGUACGAGACCCAGGCUGGUGCCUUAAUAAACGUGGAGCUGGCCCUGAGGAGAGGCCUGCAGAUGAAAUGUGUCUUCUGCCAUAAGAUGGGGGCCACCAGCGGGUGUCACAGAUUUCGAUGCACCAACAUUUAUCACUUUACUUGCGCCAUUAAAGCACAAUGCAUGUUUUUUAAAGAUAAAACUAUGCUUUGUCCCAUGCACAAACCAAAGGGAAUUCACGAGCAGGAAUUAAGUUACUUUGCCGUCUUCAGGAGGGUCUACGUGCAGCGUGAUGAGGUACGACAGAUCGCCAGCAUCGUGCAGCGGGGAGAGCGCGACCACACCUUCCGUGUGGGAAGCCUCAUCUUCCACACUAUCGGCCAGCUGCUUCCACAGCAGAUGCAAGCGUUCCACUCUCCCAAAGCACUCUUCCCCGUGGGCUACGAAGCCAGCCGGCUCUACUGGAGCACGCGCUACGCCAGCCGCCGCUGUCGCUACCUGUGCUCCAUCGAGGAGAAGGGCGGGCGCCCCGUGUUCGUCAUCAGGAUCGUGGAGCAGGGCCACGACGAUCUCGUCUUGAGUGACACCUCACCCAAAGGUGUUUGGGAUAAGAUUUUGGAGCCUGUGGCAUGUGUGAGAAAAGAGUCGGAAAUGCUGCAGCUCUUCCCAGCCUACUUAAAAGGGGAGGAUCUCUUCGGCUUGACCGUCUCUGCGGUGGCGCGGAUCGCGGAAUCACUCCCUGGGGUUGAGGCGUGUGAAAACUACACCUUCCGAUACGGCCGGAACCCUCUCAUGGAGCUGCCCCUGGCCGUCAACCCCACAGGUUGUGCCCGUUCUGAACCUAAAAUGAGUGCCCAUGUCAAGAGGUUUGUGUUAAGGCCUCACACCCUGAACAGCACCAGUGCCUCCAAGUCGUUCCAGAGCACAGUCACCGGGGAGCUGAGCGCACCUUACAGCAAGCAGUUUGUCCACUCCAAGUCGUCGCAGUACCGCAAGAUGAAAACCGAGUGGAAGUCCAACGUGUACCUGGCCCGGUCUCGGAUUCAGGGGCUGGGCCUGUACGCCGCUCGGGACAUCGAGAAGCACACCAUGGUCAUCGAGUACAUCGGGACCAUCAUCCGGAACGAAGUCGCCAACAGAAAGGAAAAGCUUUACGAGUCCCAGAACCGAGGCGUGUACAUGUUCCGCAUGGACAACGACCACGUGAUCGACGCCACGCUCACGGGAGGGCCUGCAAGGUACAUCAACCACUCGUGCGCGCCUAACUGUGUGGCCGAGGUGGUGACUUUCGAGCGAGGACACAAGAUCAUCAUCAGCUCCAGCCGGAGGAUCCAGAAGGGAGAAGAGCUUUGCUAUGACUAUAAGUUUGACUUUGAGGACGACCAGCACAAGAUCCCCUGUCACUGUGGCGCCGUGAACUGCCGGAAGUGGAUGAACUGA